AUGAAUCUCUCAUCAAUUAUUUUUCUUACUUUCUUUUUUAUCCUUUUCAAUAAAUCCAUAGAAGGAAAAGUUACAAGUGUAGAAAAUAAUAAAACUAUCCCUAAAAAAAAGUCUAAACAAAAACUUGAUAUUGAUGUAUCAGAAAUUCUAUCUGAUAUGAUUAAAAAAGAUGAAGAACUUGUUAAAGUUUCAAAAAGCAGAUCCAAAUACAAAGUGAUUACAGGAGCUCUUGCUUCAACUUUAGCUAUAUUAGCAGCAGCUGUUGCUAGUGGUGUUGGAUUAGUAUUAUAUAACACUUCCCACAAUAGACACCCAUUCAAAAUUGGACGCUCUAAAAAUUUGAAGAGACAACUCAUAAGCUUAUUUAAACGAGCUUUUGAUGGGAGGGGUUAG